AUGUCAAAGGGCCCUUUUGAUGAGUCUAGCUACAUCUGUUCCUUUGGAAUGAAGUUAACCUGGGACAUCAAUGAUCCCAAGUUACCACAGGAGCCCAAACACUUUGAUUCUUUCCAGGAGUGGCCUGACGGGUAUUUGCGAUACAUCUAUGCCGUUGAAGAUAAAAAUGCACAAAGGCAUCUUAGCGGUUGGGCCAUGCGCAACACCAACAACCACAAUUGCCAAAUCCUCAAGAAAUCCUGCCUCGGUGUGGUGGUAUGUGCCAGAAACUGCACCCUGCCUGAUGGGGCAAAGCUGCAACUUCGGCCCGCUAUUUGUGAUAAAGCUCGCCAAAAGCAACAAAAAAAGCAUUGUCCCAAUUGCAGCUCAGCUCUUGAACUAAUUGCUUGCCGAGGACAUAGUGGCUAUCCGGUAACUAACUUCUGGAGACAUGAGGGCAAGGCAAUAUUUUUCCAGGCCAAGGGAAUUCAUGACCACCCUAGACCAGAAAGUAAAUCAGAGACUGAGAUUAGAAGAAGUGCUCUCAAAAAGCAAACAUCAUCUUCUCACACAUCCCAGAAAAAACGGUUUCUUGAUUUUCAGACAGGAACAACAUGCAGUGAGAAUGGUAAUCACUUUCACUACAUCCAUCCUCUAGCAUAUGAAGAAGGACCAGAAAAAUUCAGCAUUUUCACAGAUGCCAGUGUACCAUUCCUUGCUCAGUCUCAUUUACUUUCAAAUUCAGAACCAUACCACAUUACUUAUGAUACAACCAACUUUCAAGGGGAUAUAGCAUCACCACUCCAGAACUAUCCAACCUCCCAAAUCUAUACAUCUAAAUCAACUUGUGGUUAUGAGUGUGCAUUUCCUGGUUAUGUCAAUUCCAGUUUAUAUCCUACAUUUCACAAAGAUGUAAUGGAUGUUCCAAUGGACACUGAUCAUCUCUUGCUGAGUGGACUUCAGCGUCAUACAACUUCACUCAGUGUCCACGAAAAGAACUUUGAUGGUGUCCAUAAGCAUCAGGGGAUGAAACAGUCCUUAGGAGAAGCUAAUUAUGGAGAAAGAAUUAGCUAUGGACUAUGUCAAGCCAAUGCUAACUAUCCCCAUUAUAGUGAAGAAUAUGCUUAUAGGUAUAGUAGUCAUUCCUCUCUGAAUGUUCCAACUUUGCAAACUGUUAUUACUGCAACUGCAAAAAUGUCCCUUGAAGCCUACAAACCUCCUGCUGUGAAAUAUGGUGACAGUUUCUGUGAUACAAAAGAUAUGCUUAGUUGUCCCCUAGUAACAGAUGUUUCAGGAAAUUUUUGCUCAGAGAUCAGCAUUCAAGAAGAAGAUUGGGGAAUGAGUAAAUCAACUUUGACUGGUGAGCAUUUUCUGAGCCCUAAUAAAGCAGAACAUGUAGGAGCAGUGGAUACUUGUGAGAGUAGUCCUGAUACUGAAAAAAACUAUACUGGCUAUGAAGGACCAGCAUUCACAUUUGAAAAUACUGAAUACUGA